UAUGCUUAGAAGAAUUUUGAAAGGAAUUGUAAGCGAGCCUAGAACUAGAAGGCUGACCCAACAUGCAAUGAAUCUAGGCUGAAACUCAAAGGCUAUAUCUCUACCCUUACACCUUCGCUUCACUCGCCGGAUUCUCACUAUCAACUCGGAUUCCGACUCAUCGCUUCUCACCACAAAACCCUAACUCGGAUCCUCAAACUCACUCGAUUUCAAACAACAUGGCUUCCGAAACAACAAGAAAGCUUUAUCCCAUAUGGUGGAGCUUCUCCUAUGUGGUGCUUUGUUGCUAAUCUUCGUGUAGAUGGUUCCAACCUCGAGUAAAAGAGGGCUCAGUGUAGAAAGCUGCCAAUUAACUUUAAUUUGUGGAAUCUUUAUGACAUGGGUUCAUUGUGCAUGCCUGCUUUUAGUCCUCUCCUUUCUGAGAUGCUGAUAUGGAGGACUAUGGAUUUGAGUACUCAGAUGAGGAGCAAGAGGAGCAAGAUGUUGAUAUUGAGAAUCAGUAUUACAAUUCAAAGGGUUUGGUUGAAACUGAUCCAGAAGGUGCACUUGCUGGUUUUGCUGAGGUAGUGCGCAUGGAACAGGAGAAGGCAGAAUGGGGAUUUAAAGCUCUAAAGCAAACUGUGAAGCUCUAUUAUAGACUUGGAAGAUAUAAAGAGAUGAUGGAAGCCUACAGAGAGAUGUUGACUUAUAUUAAGUCGGCAGUGACUCGUAACUAUAGUGAAAAAUGCAUAAACAGCAUUAUGGACUAUGUCUCAGGUUCAGCUAGCCAGAACUUUGGCCUUCUGCAGGAAUUCUACCAGACAACUCUGAAAGCCCUUGAAGAAGCAAAGAAUGAGAGAUUAUGGUUUAAGACAAAUCUGAAGCUUUGUAAGAUUUUCUUUGAUAUUGGGGAAUAUGGGCGGAUGAGUAAGAUCUUGAAGGAACUUCACAAAUCUUGUCAAAGGGAAGAUGGUACAGAUGACCAUAAGAAAGGAACCCAACUCUUGGAGGUUUAUGCAAUAGAAAUUCAAAUGUAUACAGAGACCAAGAACAACAAAAAACUCAAGCAACUUUACCAGAAAGCACUCACUAUUAAGUCUGCAAUUCCCCAUCCACGGAUAAUGGGAAUAAUCCAUGAAUGUGGAGGGAAAAUGCAUAUGGCAGAGCGCCAGUGGGCUGAAGCUGCUACUGAUUUUUUUGAAGCCUUUAAGAAUUAUGAUGAAGCUGGGAACCAGAGGCGCAUCCAAUGUUUGAAGUACCUUGUUCUUGCGAACAUGUUGAUGGAGUCUGAAGUAAAUCCUUUUGAUGGACAAGAGGCUAAGCCAUACAAGAAUGACCCUGAAAUUUUGGCAAUGACGAAUUUAAUAGCUGCAUAUCAGCGGAAUGAAAUAUUGGAAUUUGAGAAAAUCCUGAAGAGUAACAGAAGAACCAUCAUGGAUGAUCCCUUUAUCAGAAAUUACAUUGAAGAUCUGCUAAAGAAUAUCAGGACCCAAGUCUUGCUGAAGCUUAUCAAACCAUAUACAAGGAUCAGGAUCCCAUUUAUAUCUAAGGAACUUAAUGUGCCUGAGCAUGAUGUUGAGCAGCUACUGGUAUCGCUUAUUUUGGAUAACAGAAUUCAAGGACACAUUGAUCAAGUCAACCGGCUCUUAGAACGCUCUGAUAGGUCAAAAGGAAUGAAAAAGUAUACUGCCGUAGACAAAUGGAACACACAACUUAAAUCUCUUUAUCAAGCUAUCAGCAACAGAGUUGGUUAAAUCGUAGGGCCAGUCGGGAGAGUGAUCGGUUUUUUGUUGUCCCCCAGUAUGCAGUUUUGUCAUGUGAAUUAACAUUAGCUUUUAUGGAGAGUUAGGGAUGUGUAUUGCUCCAAUAGUGGAACCAAAACGUUACCCAACUUGUGAUUCACGUUCUAUUUUAUAAAACAUAAUUGUUUGAAA